CGUUUUAUUUGCAGACAUGUGAGUAUAUUUAUAUUAUGACAUUAUUUUUUAUUUAUGUAACCCCAAAACAAGUAUUCCUACAAUAUAAUGGCAAAAAAUAAAGUGAACUGAUUAGCAGCAAGGUCAAUAGAAAAUGAGUCAGCUGGAGCUUGAGUGCUCAUCCUUUACAGGUUUUCCUAUUAAAGCCAAUUAUCACAGAAAAUCUAAUGUGAAUGUGUUUGAAUUGUGUGUGCUUACCUUUUUAUGUUUUGGGAUAAACUAAUAAAUAUUUGUUUACUAUGUAUUUUGCUGCUUUCGAUUUGUUUUAUUUUGGUGAUUACUUUACUUCAUUAGGGGCCAAUUUGUGUCUUUUUCUCCCCAUUCUCCAUUUUAGCAUUUCAUUACUGAUGAGACAGACAAUUAAGAAACCACAUUUCAUCUUCUGAUGGGGGACUCUAGCAGCAGAAGCGGCAGAAACAUUGUGCAAACGUUGCGCGUCACGCAAAACACCCAGCCAACCCUCCCAUUAGCACCUGAAUGGCCGAUGAGCUGUCAUGUUGCAGCUCUCGAGGACGUCUGUCAAUUUCCUUUAAUGUUCUCAACCACUCGUUAAACAUAUAGGUGGGUGGGUGAGGGUAUAUAAGACGGCCCUAAUCUCACGAGGAGAGGAAUUUGCCAUGAUCGGGCUGAGAUGAUGCGCGCACUGGGAGCGCUGGCUGUUGCGUCGCUGCUGGCGCUGCUUGCGCACGGGACUCGUGGAUCUAGUGGAUUUCUCAUGGGGUCACUGGAACGCUCGUCAGCCGUGGAUCGAUCUGUGGGAUAUCACCUACCGACAUACAUGAUCCACCUCUACAGGAACUUCAAGUCAAAUCUCUCCAGGCCCUUGGAUGAUCUGGAGCGCAAGCGCGCAGAUACGGUGAAGAGCUUGGUGGCAAAAAAUCUGAAAUACAGACGUGGACGCUGGGUGGCGACCUUUGACCUCCGUGCUUUGCUCACUGACAUCCACAUCCAGGCAGCAGAGCUGAGAAUCAAACUUCCUCUGGGCCUAAAUGCCUCCAACAUCACGGUGGAGGUGCACCACCAGAGGAAGCAGCUGGUGGGGGUGCUCACUCCAUCAUCCCUGGUGACGUCAUCACACAGCUGGAAGGUGUUCAACAUGACAAAUCCUCUGCUGGGCUGGCUCAGGGGGAAUUCCAGAACUACAGUUGGACCCAAACGCGUCUCCAGACGGAGGAAGAAAAAGAGAGGACCGCCUGUUCUGGAUCGGCCUGUUUAUGUUGCAAGUGCGAGAAAGGAACUCCACAACAGUGACCAGGCCUUGCUGGUUGUCUUCUCACACACUGGGUCUGAUGGGAACUCAAAGGCCAAAGCCAGCCUGCUCCACACAGCUGAACAAUCCAAGUUCUUGUCCCCCGCUGAAAUCAAAAGGGUCCACGGGCUGAAGAGGCGCCGGAGCAAGCGAGGCCACCGAGAGCAAACAGCUAUCUCGCAGGUGUUCAGGAGAGGGGGAGAAAAGUCUCUCUGCCGGAGAGUGGACCUGCACGUCGACUUUAUUCAAAUUGGCUGGGGUUCUUGGAUCAUCUUUCCUAAAAAAUACAACGCCUUCCGCUGUGAGGGCACCUGCCCUGGUCCACUGGGAGAAGAUCUAAAUCCAACCAACCAUGCGUAUAUGCAGAGUCUUUUGAGACAUUACCAUCCUGAACGAGUUGCAGCGGCAUGCUGCGCCCCAACCAAAAUGAGCCCCCUGAGCAUGCUGUACUAUGAGAAUGGAGAAAUGCUUCUUCGUCACCACGAAGACAUGAUCGUGGAUGAAUGUGGCUGCCAGUGACAACAGCUACGACACAUGAAUUAUGUUAUGGAGCACCAUUACAGCACAGGAAGGCUGUCAUACUGAAAAAAGAUACGGGAAUUUGGAAUAACGAGAGGAAAAAAAAGACACUUAACCAGAAGAAGAAGAAGGAAAUAAAAAAGCUCUUUGAUGUUUAUCAGUGUGCACUAUUAAAUUGCAUCUGAUCCACAUGCAGACACUUUAUUGCUGGUUCUGGUUUAUAAGAUCAAUGAGAUUUGCUGAAAUACAAACUCUAUAAUUAUUUUACUUUCACAGUUAAUGCAGGAUUUGUUUCUUGUCCCUCAUCAAGAUAAAGAUAAACAAGAAAUUGCAAUUUUCUUGAAUAUUCCAGCACUAUUUUAAUUGUAUAAUGCAAAAUUUGUUACAGGGAACUAAUGUGUAUUUAUUGUAAAUAAAAAAAAAUAUUUAUGUUAA